UAAAAACCUAGAUUUGAUCUAUUUUACUAGACUAUAUAUAUGAUGUUGGUGUAGUACUAAUAUUUUAGCUUAGGUAGCCUAACCAGUUUUAAAAGCAGUUUUUUAAGUAUAAAAGAUAUAGAUCUAGAUCUAGAUCUAUACUCUAGAUCUAAGAGAAGUUCAAAAGUCCAAAGGUCGUUAGCAGAACUCUGAACCGAACCUCGGUACCUCACUUCAUAUCAAAACUCAACACAAAAUUAGAUUAGGCUAGAUCUAGAUUCUAGUUCGUCGUAUUUGUCAGUUAUUAGAGUCUAGCUACUUGACUUCAUCCUAGAUCACAACUUAUUACUUAACCAAACAAUUUAUCAACAAACACAAAGUCUGCGUUGAAUUUUUAAUUAUGGCAGCAAAUACUGGUAAACUUGCAGGCAAAACUGUCUUUAUUACUGGAGCCAGUCGGGGGAUUGGGAAAGCGAUUGCACUGAAAGUCGCUAAGGAUGGUGCAAAUGUUGUCAUUGCUGCAAAAACUGCUGAAGCACAUCCAAAACUUCCAGGCACCAUUUAUACAGCAGCUGAAGAAGUGAAUAAAGCUGGAGGUAAGGGUUUCCCGUGUAUUGUGGACAUCAGAAAUGAAGAGCAAGUUCAAGAGGCGGUCAAGCAAACGGUUGCCAAGUUUGGUGGCAUUGAUAUCCUAGUGAACAACGCUAGUGCUAUUUCUCUGACACCUACCCUGGCAACACCAAUGAAGAAAUAUGACCUUAUGAAUGGAGUCAAUGCUCGAGGAACAUACUUAUGUUCCCAGGCUUGUUUGCCAUACCUGUUAAAAAGCCCAAAUCCACACAUACUUAAUAUCAGUCCACCAUUGAACAUGUCACCCAAAUGGUUUGCAGGCCAUGUGGCUUACACAAUGGCUAAGUAUGGUAUGUCCAUGUGUGCUUUGGGUAUGGCAGAGGAAUUUCGUGAUCAAGGGGUUGCUGUAAAUGCCCUAUGGCCACGUACAGCUAUAUGGACAGCAGCAAUGGAGAUGAUUGGUGGGGGCAGUGGAGUCAAAGAACAAUGCAGGAAAGUUGACAUUAUGAGUGAUGCAGCCUAUGUAAUUUUCAGUCGAGAGAGUCGCAAAUGCACUGGUAACUUUUUCAUUGAUGAUGAAGUUUUAAAGUCUGUUGGUGUCAGUGACAGCGACAUAGAAAAUUAUGCUUGUGUACCAGGGAAAACCUUGUUGCCAGACUUUUUCUUGGACACCGAUGCAGCAGCUAUAAAAAGUCAAAUAAAGACUGAAGCUAGCCCUAAAGAAUCUUCAUCAGGUGUGGCACAGACAUUCAAACAAAUAGAAAGUCUUUUAUCUGAAGAUUUGGUCAAAGACAUGAAAGCAAGUUAUCAGUUUGAUUUAAGUGGUGAUAACAGUGGCACUUGGUUCCUCGACUUGAAAAAUGGCUCAGGCUCAUUAGGACAAGGACCACUGGAAAAUGCAGAUUGCAAUAUGACCUUAGACAGCAAAUUAUUCCUGGACAUGUUUGCUGGUAAAGCAAGUGCAACAACUGCCUUUAUGUCUGGAAAACUUAAAAUUAAAGGAGAUUUGAAAGCAGCGAUGAAAUUGGAAAAACUCAUGAAUAAUAUGAGAAAGUCCAAGUUAUAAUAUUUUUAUUGACAAAAAUUGUGAUAAAAUGUGUUGUGAUUUACAUUGUAAAAUGUUUAUUUUAGAUACUAUGAAAUCAUUAUGCAAACAUUAUUACAAUCAUUAUUGGAUGUAUGCUAUUUUUCAAAUAAGCCUACAUCUUUUCACAAUUUUUAUAGGAACAAACUUUCUUUGUUAUUUAAAUUCAUUUUUAGAAUGGUUUUUCAAACUUGUUGGAUUCUAAAUUCCAAAUAAAUUUAAUUUAAAUAAAAACUGGAAAGUAACUGCCAUGGAAUUUAUAAAAUUCUGUUGCAGUGUUCACUAAUCUAAAAGAAAAAACAUGUUUUUCAUGUUUACAUAUAUAAAAUGUUAUAUUUAUAAUAAAAAUGGUUUCAAUGA